AUGGUCAGGUGGGCGGUUAACAAGAUCAUUAAAAAGCUUUUGAAAAAGAAGUCAGACGACGCAAAGGGUCUGUGGGCACAAAAACUGCCGGAGGUAUUAUGGGCAAUCAGAACCACAGCAACAGAAGCAAUGGGAGAAACUCCUUUCAGCAUGGCCUUUGGCACGGAGGCUGUUUUGCCAAUUGAGACUUCAAUACCAUUGGGAAGGGUCGAAAAUUUCGACGCCACAACCAAUGAGGGUCUCCGUUUGAACAUUGACCUCAUCGAGGAGAAGAGGGAGCGAGCAGACUUACAUAACCAAGUGUAUAAGCAGCGGGUUGCACGCCAUUAUGAUAGUAAAGUCAGGGCCCGGACGUUGGGACUAGGGGACUGGGUAAUGAAGAAAAUCAUGACCAAAACGGCGGUCCUAGACCCAACUUGGGAAGGACUGUACAAGAUCAUCGAAGAGGUCGGCCCAGCAACAUUUUUUCUCCGAGAUUAG